AGCUCAUUUUCAUCACAGGCGAAGGAAACACAAACAUGCGAGAGGGGUGAAGAUGGCGAUACCCGCUAGCUUAGCACGUUUUUGUCGCCUGUCGGGACGGACUCUGGUCUCUCUGCCUGGCCGAAACAGGCGGCAGAUACCCGUGUCAGCGAGAAGAUGGUACACAUCGAGGUCGCCGGUAAAUAACCUGCAGUUCAGACUUGAUGAGAGGACAGCACACAGCAGUCUGGACCUCUUCAAGAAAGACACUGGUGUGAUCUACCGCAUGCUGGGUCUGGACCCCAGCCACGUCCAAGACAACCCCGAGCGCUUCCGCGACUGGGCAGUCGUGUUUGGCGAUGAGAAGAUCACAGGCGGGAGCCAUUACUGGGAGGUUACAGUCAAAAAGUCCCAAGAGUUUCGACUGGGUGUGGCCGAGGCUCUGAUGUCCCGGGAUGACUGCGUGGGCACCAACAGCUCCUCCUGGGUGUUUGGCUAUGCCCAGCGCAAAUGGUUUGCCAUGACCAACAACAAGAUUGUCCCUGUGACGCUGGUCGGCAAGCCGGACCGUGUAGGCAUCCUGCUGGACUACGAGGCUGGCCUGCUGGGGCUGGUGGACGUCCAGAAACCCAAGGUCAUCCACACCAUCAAGGCCCAGUUCAGGGGUCCCCUCUGCCCAGCGUUUGGACUUUGGGACGGGGAGUUGCUAACACACUCUGGCCUGGAGCAACCUGCGGGCUUGAAGUGAAGCACAAGGGCAGCUGUGGGUGAUCCUGCUGCUUGCUGCGAGGGGCCUUGGGGCUUGGAUAUGCAGUGAUUUGGUACCUUGGCAACAUUUAUUGUAACGGUAUCUUUAAUAUCUGUCCAGGAAAGAAAACGGUAUCUCUGUCAGAAUUCAGCUAAAGCUUAAUUUCUGGUGUUGGUCCAUUAUCCAUGGUCUGGUCAGUUCAUAACCAUGACUCUUAACAAUGCAAGUUCAUACUUUAUGUAUGUCACACAACCUCAGGCAGAUUUAUCUCUGUGUUUUUCUAUGUCCAUCAUGUCUCAGUCAGACUAAUGUGAAAUGCAAGUUUGAUUAUAGAGUAUCUUUUUGAGGGGAACAUUAACUGCUUUUGCCAUUGCUCUGGCAUUAUCAAUGCUGCCAUCAUGCUUAAAACAAAACCUUUUUUUGUAGUCUCAUGUUCAUACUAUGUAUUGUUUAAUAAAAUGACAUCAUCGAAGUGCU